AUGGAACAAGGAGAUGAUGCCAAAUCACCCACCAAUUCACCACAAACCGUUUCUGAUGAUGACGAGAUUGACUACUCAACGAAACCAGAGUUUUAUGAUCCUGAACUUGAUGAAAAGGAUGAAAACUGGAUUCAUAAAAAAAGACAUGGUCAUGAAUCUGAUGCGGUGCUUUGCUGCCCUGCUUGCUUCACCACACUCUGCCUAGAAUGUCAAAGGCACGAGAAAUAUUUGACCCAGUAUAGAGCAAUAUUUGUUACAAACUGUAAGAUUGAGGAUAAACAAGUAACGAGUCAAAGUAGCUCAAAAUCAAGAAAAAGAAAUAGAAGGGACAAAGAAUUUGGUGGGAGCAAUGCGAUGUCAUCUAGUAAUGAGAAAAUAAAACAAGUCUGCUGCGCUGUUUGUUCAACAGAAGUAGGUGUUUUUGAUGAAGAUGAGGUUUAUCAUUUCUUCAAUGUACUCCCUAGUGAAUGCUGA